AUGACGAGAGGGACUCUGGAAGUGCUCCUCGUCGGGGCGAAGGGUCUCGAGGACACCGAUUUCCUCAGUAAGUCCCAUCUUCAUCCCUCUCUUGCCUCCGAUCUUCAGAGCUUUUGCCGAUCUUCUAUUGCCUAUGAAUCGCGGAACUUAGCGACCGAUAUGGAAUUCGCAUCUUUGUUUUGUCUUCUUCCUGAUUUCACAGUUUUCGCUAAUCUGGCUUAGCAUUCAUCCUUUUUCUGCGCCUAUAGCCUCAAUUUGAGAUCCAGAUCUGUCAUUCUUCACCAGAGUAUUUGGAACAGUCACUUUUUUCCUCAUUUCCCUUCUCCUCCCACAAGUCCUAUAACCAUAAUGCUCACGGAUCUAUCCGCGAGAAGGUAAUCGAUCAGGAAAACCAUUGUUUUUGUUGGGGCGUAAUUUCAUCAAAUUUUCUGAACUUUCUUUAAUGCUCCUCAAGGUUCAUUUCCACGCGGUUCCAUUUUAAUUAUGCUUAGUUUCCAAAGAAUCAUGAUCCCAAAAUUACACCCGAUAAUGUUCUUUAUUUCUACUUUAUAAAUAAACAUAAAUUGAGUGAUUUUCAUCAGUCUAAGAUUUAUCAAGACACCAUGCUUCAUGUUUUCGUUGCGAUGUGCCUUAUUUAGGAAAAGGUUACUCUCUUCUCAUGAGGAUAUAAAUUGUCAAAUAUUUUAUUCUGAAUUGCAAUCGUACUUAUUGCAUACACCGAUGUACUUAAUGUUCAAAUAUUUCUUAGAAACACCGUAUUAAUUAUGUGUCAAUGAUUUUUGCCUUGCAACGAGCUUCCACGCUCUUUUUUUAUUUAUUUUAAAAAAACUUUUAAUCCGUAUACUAUUUUGAUGUAUUUGAGAUAUUCUUCAUAUCAGCCAACAUGGACCCUUAUGCGAUACUCAUAUGCCGCACUCAAGAACAAAGAAGCAGUGUUGCAUCAGGUUUAUAUUUCAAGCUCUCAUAUUAAUUAUUAUCUUUUGUUUUUGUUGAUCAUAUCACUAGUUUUCAUUUACUGGACUUGUUUAGGUAUCAAUAGGAUAUGUUACAAUAGAUUGUCUAGCUAGCAUUUUUGUCAAUACUAAAUGAAUUUUUGAAAUGUUUUGUGAAACGAAUAUGGUAGAUUUUACAUUCACCAUUUGAAACUUGCUUAUUCUUUCUAAUCCAAGACCAUGCCAUGAUGAUUACAUAUGGAAAAACAUUGAAAAAAUUAUAGAUGAGCCUCACAAUCUGGGAAAAAAUUAAAUCUAGAUUUUUUUUACGUUGAUAUGGUACCAUUAACCCCUCAUUUCACGUUGGGCAUAACAAAUCAUCUUUUAUGCCUUGUAAUCACACCAUUCUAAAAGAAAAUGUAUCACAAGCUAACAAAGCUGUAGCCUCUUUAGGAACAUAAUAUGAAUAGGCUAUAAAUUAAACUACUGCACACUAGAUUGUCCAUCGAGAAAGAUAGCACUAAUUACUUAGCGAAAAAUUACAAUCAAACGAAAGGUUCUUAUUUUUCACGUCCUUGCAUGCCCAGAUUGAUGGGAUUUGCCUUUUGUCUUAUAUAUGAUGAAUACUUUUUUUCUUCAAUUAUGAAACCAUAUGACCUGAGUUUAUAUGCUCAUCAAUGGAACAGGGCUUGACAAUAUUUAGAAUAGUCUCACAUUAAAUAAAAGGAAAAUUGGUUAAGAAAUUAUUGCAUAGAUGGCCCAUGUUAACUCUUGUCUUGUGCACAUGACUAAGUCUAUAAAGUCAAUUGUAUGUAAGGAGACACACUAGAGUAGUCUUAUAGAAGUCACAUAGAUCACUAUGUAUCGCCAACAAGUUUCAAGUUUGAUGGACAAUAAAAGUAACGUCUUUCUAGCUUUUCAUUUCAUAUAAAUCGUCACCAUAGAUAAAUUUUGUAUCACAUCAUCAUCAUCACACAAACAAAGAUCAAUUUUUGUAAAUAGAGAAAAUAGUGUCAAAAAUAAAAAUAAAAAUGUAUAGAGUUCACUUCUGAAACAAUGCAAAUUCAAUUUUUGUCAUCAUUAAUUUUCUAGGCUAAUGGCCAGUUGCAAUUUUAUGUAGGUAAUGCCUUACUAAACUUGGAAAUUGCAUCUUAAGAUCUAUCUUAUUUUAUUGUGUGUGAUUUCCAUUUAUGAUAGGUAAAGGGUCUGAUCCAGAAUGGAAUGAAACCUUUGUUUUCACUAUUUCUGAUGGUGUUUCUGAGUUCACUAUCAAGCUCAUGGACAGUGACACUGGCACAGAGGAUGAUUUUGUGGGCGAAGCAACGUGAGUAUUUUACCGAGUAAUUAUAUCUAUACCUUUUAUUUUGUCUCCAAAUAUUUUUAAAAAUAGAAUUAAAAAUUAUUAUACCAUUUGCAUCAUCAUUGAUUAAUUUACUUUUAGCACUCUUUUGGAUGCAAUGAAUUCAUAUUUCUCACUUUUCUUUUUUUUAGUCAAUAAUUCCAUGUGCUCUCGUGUCAACCUUGCGUUACUGUUUCAGGAUUCCUCUAGAACCAUUGUUCAUCGAAGGUAGCCUCCCUCCCACUAUUUAUCGUGUGGUCAAGGAUCAAGAGUACUGCGGGGAGAUUAAACUCGGCCUCACUUUCAAACCAGAGGUGCCUCUCUUAAUCCCUGAAAUAUGCUAAAGUCAUAUUUCUUAUUUGUCUAUAUAUAUGCUAAAGUCAUGCCUGAAAUUAGUCUCAUUCACAACCAUAAUAUUAUAUCAUUAAACAAACUAUAUAAUUGAAAAUAAGUAUAAACACCAUAUUAUUACGAUAAAUCCCACCUCAAAAUGAUGAGCAAAAAAUAGUAUACAAAAUGAUUUAGUCCAUACUCGUUGACUUUUUUGCAUGUCGGCGCAAUAACGGGACAUCAUUCAUGGCACCUGAAAAAAAAAUAAAAGCUAAAAACUUCACAAGUCAUUUCAUACACAUUGUUUUGCUUCACAAAUUCAACUAAUAGGACUGAUUAAUGCUGCACCCCUCUAUCUUCUUCUUCUUCUGCUUCUUCUUCUCUGUAGGGCGGUCAACGCCAGAGCUACGAGGAGGAGACGUACGGCGGGUGA